CAGAUUAACACAUUCCUGCAGGUUGUACUUUUACACAGCAUCGGUUUUUUUUUUUCUGUUUCAUGCCGUGUAACGAACCUAUGAUAGACAUUCAUAUCACUCUCAUUGACUAUUUCAGCUUCAACACAACCACCGCAAACAUUACAAGCUCAAGAAUGAAUUGAUGUGAACUCACAAAGAAAGUCUUACCUAACAACAACUAAUCCCAGACAGGUUUUAAGCCUAGGAUAUCCAUUUACCGGCAGUCCAAGGUACAGGCCCAAUGCUUGCUUUAUCUGGUCCAAACAACGCGGGGCCUUUUAAACCUCGGGGAUGUACCUCUCCCGAACUGCAUAUACUUUCAAGUACUACUGCUACUCUCAUGACGCAGUAUCCUUUGUCAUUUCCGGCAGCUUUUGAAAUCUUAUUUUCGAAAGAGCAACGCUGGUUGGCAGGGCACCACUCAAAAUAAAUACAACAAUGGGGAACAAAAAUGACAUUUUAAGCUCCCGGCAAGAUUUCGGCCUCUCCGUCUCGAAAUCCAGUCCUCGGCCUUGAUUUAGUGCCUGGGGUAACCGACGGGUAUUCUCCAUGUCAUCUCAGCAGACCCCGUCACACCCCGCCACGUUCCUCGAACUGCGGGCCCCUUCUUCGCGUUUGGGGGAUUAUAAGCUCUUUACUUUUUCUUUCUUUUCUCGCGUCUGUCUAUUUCUCUUCCCCCUUUGAUCCUAUCCUCCUUGCUGUCUACUAUAGUCCAAAUCUACCCAAGUACAUAAUCAACAGAGCUCCAUAUCAACAUCACCCUCUUCCAGCCUCCACACACACAUCACAUCCAAGAACAAAAGCCAUGAGCUCAACAAACGGCAACGCCGGCAGCCGCCGCGCCCUGCCCUGCGGCAUUUACGCCCCAACCAUGACGUUCUUCGACCCGGAGACUGAGGAGCUCGACAUCCCCACCAUCAAGAAGCACGCGGAGCGCCUGGCCCGCGCCGGGCUGGCCGGGCUAGUCACCAUGGGCUCCAACGGCGAGGCGGUGCACUGCACGCGCGAGGAAAAGGUGGCCGUGACCCGGGCGACGCGCGAGGCCCUCGACGCCGCCGGCUUCCCCGCUGUGCCCAUCAUCGUCGGCGCCACCGAGGGCUCGGUCAAGGGCACGAUCGAGCUGUGCCGGGCCUGCGCCGACGUGGGCGCCGACGCGGUCCUCCUCCUCCCUCCCAGCUACUACCGCGGCUUCAUGGACGACGAGGCCAUCUCGAGCUACUUCCACGCCGUGGCCGACUCGAGCCCCAUCCCCAUCGUGCUGUACAACUACCCGGGCGCAGUGGCCGGCGUCGACAUGGACUCGGACCUCAUCAUCAAGCUGGCCGAGCACCCCAACAUCGUCGGCACAAAGUUCACCUGCGGCAGCACCGGCAAGCUGACCCGCGUCGCCACCGCCACCAAGGCCAAGACGCCCUUCGCCGAGGGCUCCGGCUACAUGGCCUUUGGCGGCAUCUGCGACUUUACCGUGCAGACCCUGGCCAGCGGCGGCAGCGGCAUCAUCGCCGGCGGCGCCAACGUCAUGCCCAAGGUCUGCGUCAAGGUCUGGAACCUCUGGGCCGAGGGCAAGCGGGACGAGGCCAUCGAGCUGCAAAAGGUCCUGAGCAAGGGCGACUGGGUCCUGACAAAGGCCGCCAUCGCCGGCACCAAGCAGGCCAUCCAGAGCUACUACGGCUACGGUGGCUACCCCAGGAGGCCGCUCAAGAGGCUGGACGCCGCCAAGGUCUCGGCCAUUGAGGAGGGCGUCAGGGAGAUUAUGGACAUUGAGAAGACGUUGUAGAUGGGGCGGAAAGGUAUAGAUAUAUAGUUUACUAAUUGAGGCGCACAUGUUAGAUGGGGCACAUUACGAAUAAAUCUAAAUUUUCAUGACGACUACCCCCUAAAAUUUACUUGACGUAAAUAGGAUGCUAC